AUGCACUCUACAUACCUAGCUCUUUCCCUUACCACCCUCCUUCUUCCCCUCUCAACCCUUUCCUGCUCAGUUGCCUCCGGCAUCAAAUUCACCAACUACGGCUACCCCGACGCUUCCGGCACACCCGCCUACAAAUGCAACGGAAACAACGUCGUGAACACGGUAGCAGGUGACAAAACUCUACUGGGGGACGGCUCGUAUGAGAAACCAUACGCCGCUGCCGCUGAGGGCAACUCCGUAUUCAAGAAGUGCGAACGACGGCGAUUGGCUCGCAUAGUCUCUAAGCAAAUCGAUCUCUACCUCAUUCAAUCCAACAAGAAGAUUGGGCAGACAGGCUGCGAGAACCAAUUCGGCACCUUGAAUUACGGCAGCCCUUUGCAUUCAGUAAUUCGCCAGCCGAACAACAAGUUUCAAGUCCUCAUAGCUCCUCUCUUCGCGAAUGGGAAAUGCUUCAAUAGCCCUAACGAUGACCGCGUGUUCCCCAAGAGGGAUGGCGGAGCAGUUCGCUGCCCACAAAGUAAGGCAGCUGAUGCUGCGGAACUGGAGACUGCAGACGCACCAGAUGAGGGCAUCAAUAGCGUAGAUAACUCAGGCAGUCAGAACGAUGGCGAUGCUGCUGCUAGACAUAAGGGGCAGACUGACGAGGAGGCCCCUACGCCUAGUGUUGCAGCAAGGGCUUUUGUGGCAUAA